UUAAGACGUAUUUGUCAACACUUUUGAUAAUACCAAGAUAAACUCCAUCUUACCGUAGCCAACACCUUCGAUCAUUCCAACCAAUCUACUUUGUUAUUUACGUAAUAUAAACUCCAUUUUCAGGGGGAAAAAACAGAAACAUAAAACACUUGUCACUUGUCAGAGUCAAACCAAAACCAUCUCCCAUUCCAUCGGAAACAACAAAUGUGGCGACGGAGCUUUACCACUACCAGCGCCACCGCAUUAAAGGACAAAAAGUGGGACGCACUGAUCAUCGGCGGCGGCCAUAACGGCCUCACAGCAGCAGCUUACCUCGCACGUGGAGGUCUCUCAGUUGCCGUCCUCGAACGCCGCCACACAAUAGGAGGCGCCGCCGUAACCGAGGAGCUAAUUCCAGGUUUCAAGUUUUCCCGUUGCAGUUACCUCCAAGGCCUUCUCCGGCCGGCAGUUAUCAAUGAACUCGAAUUGGCAAAGCACGGAUUGAAGCUUCUGAAGAGAAAUCCGUCGUCGUUUACGCCUUGUCUGGAUGGACGCUACCUUCUCUUAGGAGCUGAUAAGGAUCUCAAUCACUCUCAGAUUUCCAAAUUCUCACAAGCUGAUGCAGAAGCAUAUCCAAAAUAUGAGAGUCAGCUUGAGAAGUUCUGUAAAUUCAUGGAUCUAGUUCUGGAUUCGUCUCCACCUGAGUCUUUACCGCAUAAAUCAUCUCUUAAUGAGCAACUGAAGAAUAAAUUACAGAAUUCAGUAUUUUGGGCUAGUUGUUUGCGGCAUGCAGCCUCCAUGGGGCAAAAAGAUAUGGUGGAAUUCAUGGACCUUUUGUUGUCCCCAGCUUCUAAAGUUUUGAAUAACUGGUUUGAGACAGAUGUUCUGAAGGCAACACUUGGAACAGAUGCUGUGAUCGGAUCAACUGCCAGUAUCCACACCCCGGGAAGUGGUUAUGUUCUGCUACAUCUUGUAAUGGGAGAAACUGAUGGAGAGCGUGGAGUUUGGUCAUAUGUUGAAGGUGGAAUGGGUUCAAUAUCCAAUGCCAUUGCUAGUGCUGCUGUCACAGCUGGAGCACAUGUUGUGACGAAUGUUGAGGUGUCUCAGUUGUUGAUUAAAAACUCUAGCACUGUCGAUGGGGUGAUUCUGGCUGAUGGUACCGAAGUGCAUGCUUCAGUUGUUCUGUCUAAUGCAACACCUUAUAAAACUUUCAUGGAAUUAGUGCCCAACAAUGUCCUCCCAGAUGAUUAUUUUCGGGCAAUUAAGCACUCCGACUACAGCUCUGCCACCACAAAAAUAAAUGUAGCAGUUGAUAAAUUGCCUCAAUUUCAAUGUUGCAAAUCAAAUCAUUUUCAUUCUGGCCCCGAGCAUGUUGGCACUAUUCAUAUAGGUUCAGAGAGCAUGGAGGAUAUUCAUUCUGCAUCUCAUGACGCGGCGAAUGGAAUACCAUCAAGAAGACCGGUCAUUGAGAUGACAAUUCCUUCCGUAUUGGACAAAACUAUAUCUCCACCAGGUAUGCAUGUGAUAAAUCUGUUUGUGCAGUAUACACCCUACAAACCAUUGGACGGGGACUGGCAAGAUCAUGACUACAGAGAAUCAUUUGCACAAAAAUGCUUCACAUUGAUUGAUGAAUAUGCACCUGGUUUCAGCACAUCAGUCAUUGGUUAUGACAUGCUGACUCCUCCAGAUCUUGAAAGAGAAUUCGGUUUGACAGGAGGAAAUAUAUAUCAUGGUGCUAUGGGUUUGGAUUCUCUUUUUCUCAUGCGUCCUGUAAAAGGAUGGUCAAACUAUAAAACACCACUUAAAGGUUUAUACUUAUGUGGAAGUGGCGCACACCCCGGCGGUGGAGUUAUGGGAGCACCUGGACGCAAUGCUGCCCAUUUAGUUCUUCAGGAUGUCAGAAAAAUAUGAUUGGAAUUACUGUAUGAUAUUAUUAAAAUUGACUGUUAUGAGAGAGGAGAGGCUCUGCCGAGGUUUCCGGUUUUUAAGAAUGAGCUCCGUUUUCCUUACCAGAAAACACCAUUCUUUCGGAAAGCUUAUUGCCAUGGUGAGGCAAACACUACUGGGACACAAGACAAUUAUGGUGUGCAAAACAUUGGUGAAGGAUGAGAGAUGGAUGAUACUUGGGCCACAAUGAGAUCAAGAAGAGGGAAAGCGAGGUUAUCGGGAGGACAUCGACAAGGCAUUGACGAAGGUUCAAGGGGCAAUUUCAACAUAAAUAGUAAUAAUAGGUCCAAAGUUGGUAGCAGAUUAAUUUACGGCAAGGAAAAAGCGGCCUUGAAUCUUUCUAUUAAACGAACUUGUUUGAGGAGUUACACUUAGGGGAUGGCAAGACGGACCUGACCCGUUGAGCAGAGCCCGUUUUAUUCGCACUUUACUGGAGAGUGAGUCAAGGGUUUAGGCUAUCACCCUCUAAUGUGUCUCUUCCGUCCCGUUUUUUUUUUUGCAGACGCAGACAUUAAUAUAAUUUUAUGCAUUUUUAA